AUGGGAAUGGUUUCUAAGUUCUGCGUGUUUGCGGCGACGGUUGCACGCAAGGAACAAUCCGUACCGCAUGGCAGUCUGUACAGCCCUAAGUACAGCACGCCAGGUGAUAAUGAGGGAGCGGGACGCGACCAGCGGACUGCGUCGAACCGUUGGGAGGUGGGGGAUUUCGCAGUACAAAACGACGGCAGUCCCACUCCGUCAUCCCCCGCAACAACCAGCAGUUCCGCCGUCGAGCACAGGAGCGAGCCCAACCUGAACACCGAUUACGGUGACGUCGGACCAACCAGCAUGUCGUCGCUUGCCGCGGUUCUCAUGCCAUAUGCAACUGACAUACACCAUGCGGACACCACAAACGGCGCCCGCUCGCCGCGGUACGACGUUCGUACGGACUUUUUGACUGAAGCGAAUCAUCCCCUCAACCACCACAAGCAGCCACAGCCGGAACUGGUGCUGGGUGCUUCCAGGCGGGGUGGGGGUGGUAACGGUUCCGGCAGCAGCAGCCCGGCACCCAAACGUGUGUGGCUACAGCCAUUGACACAGGACAUAUUCCCCGACCGCUACGAGUUGCCGUACGAGCUACAGCACCAACUAGAGCACCAGCACCCGCAGGGCGGACCACAUCAAGUGCAGCAGCAGCAGCAGCAGCAGGAGCCUCCUGGUAUCCAUGACACACGGAGGUUCAUGCUGCUGGACGCAACCCCGGUACAACAGCAAUUUACCAGCACCAAUAAUAACACCAAUAACAGCAAUACAGCUACGACCAACGGCGACGUCAACGGCGCCGCGCACCUGCCCGCCGCGGCGGCCGCAGCAACAGCCCAUCGCCGUGAGCCCGAUGGCGGUGUGGCGGUGCCCGUGCACCUGAUGACCUCCCUGCUCGUCACGGAACCCGCGAGCGGCCGGCAGCAGCAGCAUCACCUCCACCACCUCCACCACCACCAGCAGGAGCAAUCGGAGCCCGGGAACCCACCCACGCGAAUGGCAGGAGUCGCUGGAGGGGGCAGCUAUGGAAGCAGCGGUGGUGAUGGUGGUGGCGGUGGAGGGGAUUUAGGGCGGACAGUGGCAGUCGUAAAGUCGCCCGAGGGCCAGCUGGAGGUGGGAGGCGGUGCUGGUGGACUAGCUGGAGGUGCGGGUGACAGGGAGGGGCACUCUGAGGGAGUACGCCGCCGUACGUUCCGCACGGGCUACAUCCCCAUGCGCGAGUUAGGGCCGCUGCCACUCCAUCAGGGAGUGUGCCUCUCCAGCGAGGGGGUGGGGUCGCACAGCGAGCUGGGGCCGCCACCGCCACCCCCACCCUCCGCCCAGCACAACCCCACCGCCGGCCUCAACCCCGCCAGCCUCCUCGCCUCCGCGACCGCCGCUCUGACAUUGCAACCCGCGGACUCCGCCCACCACUCCGCGCCGCACCCGCCGCCGCCAUCAGCCGCCAACCAGCUUACCACCACCACCACCACCGCCACACAGCCCCCGCCAUCCCACCCUCCACACGCCUCACACUCACUAGCUGCCCUGGGUAAUGGCGCCCUGGAGGAGGUGUUGAAGCUCAAGUGCUCCCUGCGGCGAGCCGUUCAGAGUCAGAGCCCCGGGGCGGUGGGACUGAUCUUGUCGCUGAUGGCGGCGCUGCCGGUGUCGCCCCAGCUGCUGGCGGACUCGCAGGUAGCGGCGAUGGUGUCGCCGCUGCAGCACAAUUGCAAUGCGGAGGUGGCGGCGGCGGCCAGACGCCUCAUCACCGCCUGGAAGGGCGUUCUGAAGGCCGCUAUACGGCGGCCCGCCGUCGCUGCUACUGGUACUGCUGCUGCUGCCGCACCCACUACCGCCGCCAUCACCACCACCACGCUCCAUCAGCGCCGUCUGGUGCGCAGCAGCACGCUGUCGGACCAACUGCUGGCGUCAGCGGGCGCCGAGGACCUCUUCCAGCGCCUCCGCCCCUUCCAAGCCCAACCCCAGCACCAGCACCAGCAGGGUUUGCACAGCCUCGGUCAGACAGGUCAGCACUCGUCUACACAGCGGCCCCAGCGGCAUGGAUCCGCCGUACAGCAGGAGGGCCCUACCGCUCCAGGACCUGCUGACCUGGGCAUGGACCUUCGGACCCGCCUCCGCCUCGGCGGCCCCGUCCUCCCGGGGGGAGACCUGGGGGCCCCGGGACUGGGACUGGUGCGCAGCCAGUCCGACGUACUGGCGGAGGGACUACUGGGGGGGUCUACUGCUGCUAAUGCUGCUGCUGCGGCGACGGCGGCGGCGGCGGCGGCAACCGGGAUCGGCGGCGGCGGCGCCGCGGUGGAGUUACAGCUGGCGCCGCUGCAGGCACAUCAUCCCGUCACUGUCCCGCCCACACGGAGCGGCGGCGGCGGCGGCGGGGUUUCCGGGGGCCCUCGGCCCGCGGGUGGGAGGCCAGGCGGGGUGGGGUCACCCGGGCUUGGGGGGGAGAGGGCGGGGAUCCACACCGGCAUGCCGUGCGAGUCGCGCACUGUGGCGGAGGCGGACGGGUACAGCAGCGGGGAGGAGGAGGGGGAGGAGGAGGAAGGGGAGGCACAUGAGGGCGGCCGCAGCGGCGGCGACGGCAUUAGCAGAAGGGUACGGCGACUGGCACUGACGGGGCCGAGUGGGGACAGUACGGCCGGCGGCCGCGUCAGCGAAGGCAUACGCGACCUGCACCUCGGCGGAGGCGACUAUUGCGGCGGUAUUGGCGGGGUCGGCGGUUGUGGCAGCAGCGGCAGCGGUGCCGUCACCGGUUGCGUGCGGUCAUAUUCGCCGCUGCCGACGCCAACGGCGGCAUCAGUGGCCUGCGGUGGCGGAGUGUGUGCUGGCGGCGGAGCCCCCGGCGCCGUCGCGCCACGCCACAUGCCACUGGCAUGUGUUCCGUUGAAUGGAAGCGCCCCGGCUGCCGCCUCCGUGGCCACCGUCCCGUUGCCCGCAGCGGAUGCGCCUCCCGCGCAGAUAGCGGCCGGCGUGUCGAGCAGCGCCGCGGCGGCGGCAGUGGCGGGACUUGCAUCCCCGGCUGCCGCCAUCAAGCCACAGCCGGGCCCAUCCGGGACUCUAACUCCGUCUCUGCGCGCGGUGAGCCCGCCAGUUGCGCUGCAGCUGGCGCCAAUCGCCAAUGGCGGCGGUGGCGGUGCCGGUGGCGGCGACGACGACUGCGGGGCUCCAUCAGCCGCUGCCGCCGCAGCUGGCGGCGGGCCCAUGCUGCUGCUGCCGCCGCCACCGCCGUCCUCGCUCCCUGGUGGUGCCCCGGGCCGCAAGCGGAAGGUAGAACGCCCUCCGUGCGGCCCACGCCGCCGUAGCGGCAAUCCCAGCAAGCGACAAGCCUCGUCCGCUAUGAUGGGACCCGCAGGGCCCAGACCGGCGCUUCCGGUUGGCAGCCUAGCUAUACCGGGGGCACUCAUAGUGCCCGACGUAGCAUCGGGCGGUGAUGCUGGCGGUGGCGCCAGCGGUACAGCCUCCGACGACGCGCGGUACCAUUCGCUUGCCGGGGGGCCAGUCGCCGGCAUCAAGACGCCCGCACGCUCCAGCCUUCUCGGGCUGCACCCGCCGCUCAGUAAGCGACAUAGACACCUGGCGGGACCCGGCGGCGGCAGCGCCGCGGUCCACAGCGGCGGUGGCGGCGGCGGAAGUGCAACGCAGGUACGGCGCGUGUCAGUGCUGCUAAGCAGCCUGGAUUUAGGCAGCCCCGGCGGCGAGGAGGGCGAAGGCGAAGACGAGGGUAGCGGCGAGGGCGCGCAUGCGUCUGGGGAGUUGGCGGUAUCGGGAUCAGCGGUCGCGGCGGCGGCGGCGAGGGUGGCAACAGCAACAGCAACAGCAACUGGGGGCUCGUUAACGGACGGCGACGCCGACGCCGACUUGGGCAGCCUUGACGAUGGGACGGCGAUGUCGACUUCCGAUGAUGAUCUGCCGCCCGGAGGUGGUGGUGUCUGGGGGGGGACUCCCGCGUCUGCAAGGCUGGAGCAAGGACCUGAGGGGGAGGACACCGACAUGGGGAGGAGCAGAGGCCCGGGUGGUGGUGGGGAGGGUUGCACUCGACCGUCCCCAACGCCCUCCACGGGUCUGCACGGGGCUUCAGGACCCAGCGGCAGUGGCGACGGCGCGACACCGGGGCCACAGCAGACGGCUGAGGAUGAUGGCGUCAAGGAAAUGGCCGUCGUGGUUGAGGCUAUGAAAGAAGACGCGGGCGGUUGCACGGCGUUGUUCGGGGUUGGCAGUGGGUGGGGCGGGGGUGGCCCGGCGGCCCCUAACACCGCAUUUGGGGAGGUGGUGUGGGCAACGUUGCCUGAGCCGGCGACCUCGGGAUGA